AUGGCCGGCGGUACCAGGCCUCAACCCACACGGGAAUUGAAAAAGCCAGCAUUACGAGGUCCAACUAGGCCACGAGCUUCUGUGGUCCACGAGCGAGUGGAAACCCCGAAGGCAUCUUCACGGACGCAGACCCCCAGCGCGACACGAGCGCAGAGUUCGCCUACUGAACAGACUAGCAAUAAACGAAAGGAGCGCGAUUUCGAACAGAAUGUUUCUGGCGACACCAAUAUCCGCGUCAUUGUCCGUUGUCGGGGGAGGAGUGACCGCGAAGUCAAGGAGAACAGUGGCGUUGUUGUGUCUACUGAAGGGGUGAAGGGGACGACGGUCGAAGUGUCUAUGGGGCCAAAUGCACUGGGAAAUAAAGAGUAUCAGUUCGAUAAAGUCUUCUCGCCUGCAGCGGACCAGGCUAUAAUAUUCGAAGAUGUUGUCACGCCAAUAUUGAACGAGAUGCUCUCAGGGUAUAAUUGUACCAUUUUUGCAUAUGGGCAAACGGGGACCGGGAAAACGUAUACAAUGUCUGGCGAUAUGACUGAGACCCUUGGUCUGUUAUCGGACGGUGCUGGCAUAAUUCCGCGUAUUCUUCACGCCCUAUUUAAAAAAAUCGAAGACGUCGACAGUUCCGUCAAAUGCUCUUUCAUCGAACUUUACAACGAGGACCUCAGAGAUCUCCUUUCGUCUGAAGAAAAUGUCAAAUUGAAAAUAUACGAGGAGGGCGUGAAAAAAGGCCACAAUGGUACCAUGAUUCAAGGUGUGGGCGAAACGUAUAUUAAUUCUGCAUCGGCCGGAAUUAAACUGCUUCAGGAAGGGAGUUAUCGGCGGCAAGUUGCUUCGACAAAGUGCAAUGACCUCAGUUCACGAAGCCAUAGUAUAUUCACAAUUACCACAUUUCUCAAACGAGUUUCGGACAAGGGCGAAGAGUAUAUAUGCAGUGGAAAACUAAAUCUUGUUGAUCUCGCUGGAAGUGAAGACAUUCGACGUAGUGGCGCCGAAAAUAAGAGGGCUACGGAAGCAGGAUCGAUAAACAAGAGUCUACUUACACUUGGGCGAGUCAUCAAUGCACUUGUUGACAAAAGUCCUCAUAUACCAUAUCGGGAAUCUAAACUUACAAGGCUCCUUCAAGACUCAUUGGGUGGCCGUACAAAGACUUGCAUUAUUGCAACAAUCUCCUCAGCCCGCUGCAACUUGGAAGAAACCAUGUCCACGCUUGAUUACGCUUUUCGGGCAAAGAAUAUCCGUAAUAAGCCUCAAAUAAAUUCAUCUAUUUCCAAAAAAGCUCUGUUGCGAGAAUUUACGACUGAGAUUGAGAAACUGCGAAGUGAUCUGAUUGCUACAAGGCAGAGAAACGGUGUUUACCUUUCGGCAGAAAAUUACGAGGAAAUGACCGUGGAAAGCGAAUCUCGCCGUAUUCUAAGUGAGGAGCAACGGGCGAAGAUUGAGACCAUGGAAAUAAACUUGAAAACAAAAGUUCAAGAGUACCUCGCCCUGACAAGCAACUUCAAUGACAUGAAAAAAACCAAUGAAUCAACGCAGACCACCUUAGAUCAAACAAAAAGCCUUUUGGAACAAACAGAACUAAUUCUGAGCAAGGCUCAGAAGAAUCUAAAGGAAGAGACGGCUUUGCGCCAUGCACAUCAAGCGACCGAACAGAAGUUACACGAAGUUGGCUCAAGUCUAUUGUCGGUUAUUGAUCAGUCUGUUACGGAUGUUUCUGGGCUUCGCUCCAAGAUCAGAAGGCGAUCAGUUCUUCACAAGCAGAACAAGAAUGCUUGGGAAGACUGCACUGGCAGGGUACUGGACGUUGCUAAGUCAGUUGACGAUAGGAUGACUCUUCUCCACUCACAACAUUCAGCACUUAUAAAAAGCCUCACUUCUCGAGUCGAAGCUUUUGUAAGCAGUGAGCUAGAGGCUCUCAAAAAGAGUCGGGCACUUUUUGCCGAUCAAGAAUUUUCACUUUCUACGUUUGAAGAGGACUCCAAGGCCCAAAAUUACAGGAAUCGCGAUACUAUGAAUAAGGUACUGGAAGAAAUUAAGGUGCUAAGGGAAGAUGUUCAGGUGAAAGUUGGAGAAGGUUUAAAUGGACUCUCCUCUGCUGCGGCUAGGAUCUCUGGGGAAGUUAUACAGGAGCUUCAGCAAUUUGACUCCGAGCUACACUCAAUGUAUGGUCUUCUAAGCGGCGACUUUACCGAUUUGUUCAAAUUGAUCGUGGACCACCUUCGCUCUCAAAGAGAAGAGGUCGACAGUCUCCGCACGCAGCUCCGGAAGGCCAACGAGAAAGCUAUAGAAGCAAAUGAAAAAGCGGCUUUGCGAUUAGAAUCUACGAUAACGGAAGAAAGACAAGCCGCGGAUGCGGAACGUUCUAUCCUUGCCUCACAAAUACAAAACCUCUUAAACGAGUCAAGUGACCGACAAGCCGCCCGCUUUAAAGAUAGUAUCGAUAGCGUCAAGACUGAGAUGCGAAUGUCAGGAGAAUCACUUCAACAGUCUCAUGACAAAUCCUUUGAUGCCUUGGAUAACUGGGAUAGAAAAGAAGACGAAUUGCUUCGGAAAGUGCUUAAAUCGGAAUCGGAAUUGAAAUCCAAGAUGAAGGACCAUUUAGAUCUUUUCAUAUCGCGAAACACAUCAAUACACAAAACCACCAACACAGUUCACGAGCAAACAGUUCAAAUUGUUGAUGAGCAAAAGAAAGAUAUGGCUGUUCAAAUGGAAGCCCUAGAUGAUUUUGUCAGGAGAGCCCGAUCCCAGAACAACCAGCACUGCGAGGCAAGCAAUGGCGUCGCCCAUGACCUUGGGCAAAGGGUCCGAGAAGGGCAUCAGCAACAGCUUCAGCACUUAGAGGAUUUUGAGGAGCGCGGAGCCACAUUCCGUACAACUAUGCAAUCUGAAAAUAAAUCACUUGGGGCUCUGGUGAAGAGUGCUACAUCUGACGCGAAGCAAUCAUUAUCGGACUUGCAGUCUCAGGUCCAAGCAACGCCUAUGGCAGAAUACGUCCCAACCGGGACCACCCCUGAGAAGACCACAUAUAAAUAUGAAGCCACGCUCCCACGGACGGAAUCACACUCCGUUAUACUUGCAAGGCUAGGAUCACCACGUGGUCCGUCGGCCUCACCAUCUCCAUCCUAUACACCACUAGCCUCUCCUUCAUUACGACAUGAGCAAUCGCCGACUAAGUCGAUAGUGUAUCAUGAUUCAGAUAACAAUGUUGAAGACGAAAAGCCCUUGCCUGCUGAUUCCCCUGAGGAAUUGGAUCCAUCAUCGCCGACGAAGCUGAGAGAAGUCGAUAUAAAUGUCAUGAAUAAUCCGAUCCUAGAGCCAGUGGUUGCUGAAACAGGACACAGCAAUGAAAGCUGUAAGGACACUGAACCCCCGCCUCUUAAGCGACAUCUUUCCUCGUCCGUUGCAGCUGCAUCAAAUUUGACUGGCGAGACAAAAAUUCCGACAAAACGGAUGACUCGCAGGAAUGCCAAAGGAGCUGUAGGCGGCGUUGGCGGCGGAAGAGAGAACAUUUCAAUACCCACUCUGAAUGCAAGCUCGAGGAUCAAUGCAAGGAGAGUGAGAAGCGGCCCUGCGCCUCACUGA